AUGUGCUACUGGCAGGCUCAAGAUUUAGAUAUUUCUACCCCCAGUUCUCCCUCAUGCUGCCAACUAGCCCCCAAUGGAACGCUAACACUCGGUGCUUCACACAUGCUGGUCAAUGGCAAACCCGAGAUAAUUCAGUUCAGCAGUCUGUGGGGAAAAGCGUCACUGUUUCGACUGUGGGGACGUGAACGCAGCAGAGAGGAAGUGAUGUCACUACACUGCACAGAGGGCGACCUGGUAAAGUGGGAGCAGGACAACUGGGACACUCAGACCUGUCCCCCGGUUCCUGAUCGUAGCCUCAAGUGUGAAUGGUCUAUUUAUGAAGUGAGACUGUUGUUUGCCAUCUUACGUGACGACGAGAAUAACACUGAGCUCUACACAGCCAGAGACAUCGCCCACAACUGGCUCAGGAAGGUGUUACCAAACAACAUCUAUUUGCACAGAGUGUCUGUGUACGAGGCGUCCAGAUUAAGGGCUGGAACAAGCAUCAUAAAACCAUCACAUGAAGAGAGACGGGUGCGUUGGGUUCCUGACAAUAUCAGCAGCUUUAACUGCCUGGUUCAUAUAAGCGUCAUCCCCAGCCUGGACGUGGCAGACGUGCAGGAUGCAAUGCACAAACAUCUCAGCAUUCCCUAUGAUGAUCCCAGUGGUCUACUGCGACUGCUAGCUGAGAAUAACAGCAUACACACCACGCCUGUUGAAAGUUUCUCCACCACCACUGCAAGUCCUUCUGUUGUAACGACAGAGCUGACCCCAGUCACAACCUCAGCAUUUACAGCUACAUCCGUCACCCCACGUACUCCUACCAGUACAGCCACAGCCACAGCCACAGCCACAGCCACAGCCACAGCCUCUGCCUUCACAACACCACCUGCAAACAUCUCAGAGCUGUAUUUUGAGGUUGAGGUAAACGUGUCCAUAACCGGAGACUGUGACCCAGAGCAGACUCUUUCCACCUGGCUCAACACCAGUCUACCUGAUGACAAGAUGAUGGUGCUGGACCUUCAGCUGCUCACCACAGCUCAAAGACGUCGGCUUAAAAGGCAGUCCAGCAUUUAUAACAGAGUGUUGGUCUUCGGGGUUUCAAGAGAGAGCUGUGUUUUCCAGGUUCAGGUCAAGAUGUUGCAGUCGGACACACAGGAAAUGGAGAAGGAGAUACAGGACCUGCUGGAGAAGCCUUAUAAAAUUGGAUCUGUCUCCAUAGCAACAGAGGACAUACUGAUAAGUCGCAUAUAUAAAUUUCAGUGUGAAGCAGAAACACACCACACCAGGAAAGGUGUGUUCAAGUGGCCAGCUACCUCAGGAGGAAAAAACACCACUCUGCCAUGCCCCAAACCCUACAACUGUCUCCGUAACGCCACCCGCCACUGUAAAAUCUGCAUUAAUACCCACUGGCUGGAUCCAGACAUGGAGGACUGUCCUCUAGUGGUGGAGACCAUCCCAGAUCUGGACCACGUUGAAGUCACUACAGAGAACGCACAGGAUGUUGUGCAUAUGAUUGACAGUUUACUGAAAAACCACUCCACUCUCAACUAUGACGAGUUGGCCACAGUCCUCGACAAGUUAGAGGCCAUCGUGAACCUCAGCGUACUAACACCGACUUUGGGUCAAUCUCUAAUCAAUGUCAUCUCUGACAUCCUGAAGUCCGACAGCUACCUGCUGCCGUUUACAAACACCAUCCUGAACAUCACAGAGGCAGUGGGAGACAGGAUGAUGGGCUACGAGGGCUCGGCCAGCCUGGUCGCACCGGCUGUGGCUGUUUCAGUAGUGGAUGUUGUUCCUGGAGAGUUCAGCACUUUAAGUUUUGGAGUUUUAUCUGACCGGGUGGGAUUAAAGCCUGAGAUUUUCAUCAACAGGAAUCCUUUAAACGGCACUGUGGCUUUCAUUUCACUGCCAUCUGUCCUGCAGCACAACUUCCCAGAAAGUGGCCCGAACCAGAGCCACCCAAGAGUUCAGUUUCAGUUCUACGGCUUCCCAGGACUCUUCAAGCAAAGCUGUCAAGAGGGGCAGAUGCUCAACACCUUCGUGGUGUCGGCCAGUGUGACCAACGCCAGCUCUCCGAUCAAAGACCUGGAGGACUACGUCAAAGUCACACUCCACCAUCUGGUCCCCAAUAAUCUUUACAAGGACGUGCAGUGUGUGUACUGGAAUUUCAAUCUAAAUAAUGGACACGGAGGCUGGGACGGAUACGGCUGCACAAAGUUCACCAGCACCCCUGACUACACAACGUGCCUGUGUGAUCAUCUUACACACUUUGGAGUUCUUUUGGAUGUCUCCAGGACGGAGGUGGACCCGGUUAAUAAGCAUAUCUUGACCAUUAUCACCUAUGUUGGCUGUGGAGUGUCAUCGCUCUUCUUGGGAGUCACUGUUCUCACUUACACAGCCUUCGAGAAACUUCGUCGAGACUACCCGUCUCAGAUCCUCAUCAACCUCUCCCUGGCCCUGCUGGGUCUGAACCUGGUGUUCCUGGUCAACUCCUGGCUCUCCUCCUGGGGCUUGUAUGGCCUCUGUGUUGCCGUCGCAUCCACGCUGCAUUACUUCCUCCUGGCGUCGUUCACCUGGAUGGGAUUAGAGGCUGUGAACAUGUACUUUGCCCUCGUCAAAGUCUUUAAUGUCUAUGUGCCGUCUUAUAUCCUAAAGUUCUGCGCUCUGGGAUGGGGGAUUCCUCUGGUCAUCUGUGUCCUGGUGCUCAUUGUGAACAGAGAGGCCUACGGCAGCCAUUUGUACACCGACACACAGCCCAGUGUGAAGCCACUGGACAACUCUGACAACUUUUGUUGGCUCCAGGAUGAUGUGGCAUUUUAUGUGUCAGUGGUGGCCUACGCUGUACUGGUUUUUCUCUUCAAUAGUGCGGUUUUCGUGGUUGUUCUCAUCCAGAUUCGACGCAUGCGUAACAACAGCCCGGCUGGGACCCACGGCGGUCUUAUGAAAGACCUGAAGGGAGUUGCUAGUCUCACCCUGUUACUCGGAUUCACCUGGACCGUGGGUUUCUUCACAUGGGGCCCGGCCAGAAUCGCCAUGCUUUUCCUGUUCUCUGGACUCAACUCCCUGCAAGGACUUUUCAUCUUCCUCUUCCACUGUCUGAUGAAGGAGAAUGUUAGAAAACAGUGGAGGAUUCACUUCUGCUUUGGACGUUUUCGACUCGAGGAGUAUUCUGAGGCAAGCAACUCGGCAUCAGUCGGAGUUGUGGCCAAACCCAAAUCAAAUCCUCCAAGAGCAUCGGUACCGUCGGUCCGCUCAGUCAAGUCCAGUUCCACAGAGAGCACAUCUGCUUCCUCCGACUCCAGCCAGAGAGACUCGUCCUGCAAAAGACCAGGUCUGGGUCUUUUUGUGAAUGGUUUGGUUUUACCUCGAGCACAGACCGGGCCCUCUGCUCCCGGAGCUCUGAACUCAACACCUGGAUGGAGAAAUCACCUGCUUGGCCAACAUGAAACCACUUAAAACAUACAGGACUAAACAAUGCAGACACACAAAAAAAUUGAGUAUAAAGUAAUUAAAAAUGUAUUGUUACAUGCAUCAUAGUAAAUAAAAACCUAAUACAAUGCAGAUAAAACCAUCUCUUCAUAAUUAGCCAAAUCGCUGUGUUCUAACUUCACGUGAUAAUUUUAUCAUGUGAUUUUAUUUGUUCUUUUUUGCUUAAUGUUGUAAAAGAGCCUGUAAUUAUGAAGACAUGAGUAGUUGCAUCAGUUCCAAGGAGGAGUUGGUUGCCAAGCAACUGGUGAGUGGAGCCAUGGUGACAAUGAACCAUGGUACCACACAGUUUGUUAAAAAAAAAAAAAAAGGAAAAAAAAGAAAAUACAUUUUGGGAAUUAAGAUGAUGCAACCUUCUUUGUGAUCCUUCCCCCAUUAUUUCUGCCAGGAAAGAGGUACUUCAGGUUAAACCACUAAAUAUUUCACGUUGUUCCUUAAUUACUUAGUUAAUUUACAACCGGUCAUUUUGAACACAGAUUUAUCAGGUAUUUUGGAGCUUGUCUUUAAUAAAUAUAAGGAUCCAGGGUGUUUCACAGCCUUUUCCACAGGAUACAUAUGGAUCAUUUAUUGUUUUUCUCCAACUUGUCUUUCUCAUUAAUAUAAAAGUGGGUGGACAGAGUCACCCAUUCACCAUUUGUAAAACCAUUAUAAAAGACUGGACAGUUGAUCUGCUAGUUUUAAAAAGCAGCUACUUUUUGUCUGUACUGUAGCAGAACUAUUGAAUUACCCAUAAAAUGUAAAUCCAAACAUUACAAUUUGUGUAUUGCAGAAGUUUUUUGUUAAUAACACCAAUCAAAUACCCCAUAAUAAUAACAUUAAGAGGUUAAGAUUACAAAUUUACAACUGUGCUUUUCAAAAUGAGAAAGGACCUGGGUCCCAAAUGCUGUUUAAUCAGAAUAAGUGAUACUGAAAUAUCAUUAAACAUAUUUAUUUUGACAGUCACAAGGGGGCGACAGAACCCAGUGGAACUUUUCAGAGGAUUAACAUGACAACAUAAAACUUUAACAGAUCCUGAUAUAUCCUCACUUUCUGUGGGUAGGUAAUAAAAAACUAACAUAACAGAAGUCUGAGAAUGACUGACACUAACCCUGAUCUCACUCAAUUAAAAAAAAAAAAAAAAAAAAAAAAAAAA